CGCCUCUUCUCUUCCCUCCUUCCUUUCCUUUCUUUCUUUCCACUCGGUCAGAUCGGUUUUUUUUUUUCUCCUUUGUCCCUUUCUUCCUUCAGUAUUCAUUAAGCAUGGACAAUUCUGAGAAAGGCCAUGCGGCUAGCUACAAUGAGGACGAGGCCCGUCUUGCCGCGUUGGGCUACAAGCAAAACAUGAAGCGUCAAUUUACUGGGCUUCAGAACUUUGGAUUCACGCUGACUAACUCUUCAGUCCUGAUCGGGAUUGUGCCUCUGUUUGGCUUCGGUUUGAAAACGGGAGGACCCGUGGUGGCCAUCUGGGGUUGGUUGCUUGUCGCCUUCUUUGUUAUGUUUAUUGGCUUGGGCAUGGCCGAGAUUUGCAGUACCUUCCCUACUGCUGGAGGUCUUUAUUUCUGGACCGCUAAGCUUGGAGGUCCAAAGUGGGGCCCAAUGUUCUCUUGGUAUGAGGCGUGGUUCAAUAUGCUUGGUCAAGUGGCGGGAUGUUCGGGGUCUGUUCUUUCUGCAGCAACAUUUAUGAACACAUUGAUUUCUAUCUGGCAACCAGAAUAUAUUCAUGAUGGCAAGAAGGACUUUUACAUCAUGGUCGCAUUGAUGAUCACUGCUGGCAUUGUCAACACUGCAGGAGGUCGCGCCCUCAAAGUGGCUUCUUUGGUUUCAGUAUUUAUUCAUAUUGUCGGCACUAUCGUGAUCAUUAUCGUGGUCCUUGUAGGCGCCCCUACGCUACAGUCUGGCAAGUUUGUAUUCACAGAAUUCAGAGAUUACACCGGCUACACAGCAAGCAAUGCGAGCCCUGUUUUUGUCUUCAUGCUUGGUCUCUUGCAGUCGCAGUGGUCCAUGCUGGGAUAUGAUGCGUCCGCUCACAUGUCUGAGGAAACCGAAAAGUCCUACGUCAAUGGUCCCCGUGGUAUUCUCAUGUCCAUCUUUGCUUCUGUCAUGAUUGGUCUCGGCCUUGCACUAGCCCUGACCUUUGGUAUCCAGAAUUAUGAGGAUACUUUCAAUAGUGUAUCUGGUGCUGCUCCUCAGAUAUUCUUGGAUUGUGCAGGCAGGAAGGGUGGUAGUGUCUUGAUCUUCAUUAUUGUCUUUGCCGGGUUCCUUUGCGGUGUUGCCACGGUUGCUUCCAACUCACGUAUGCUUUACGCAUUUGCUCGUGAUGGUGGUUUACCUUUCUCCUCCUACUGGGUUGUGCUUAACAAGCGCACUCAAAUGCCUCUGCGCUUAGUCUGGCUUUCAGUCAUUGUCAUCAUCAUCCUCGCCUUACCUUCACUUGGUUCCACCGCUACCUUGAGUGCUAUCUCCGGUAUCUCCAUCAUCGGCUUUACCACCUCAUAUGCCAUCCCCAUCUUGCUUCGCAUCACUGUCGGCUCUUCCACGUUUGUCCAACGUGAGUUCAACUUGGGUCGCUUCUCUAAGCCCAUUGGCUGGAUUGCCUGUAUCUGGACUGCCUUCAUUUUCGUUAUUUUUAACUUGCCCCAGAAGUGGCCUGUCAAUAACAUGAAUGAGUUCAAUUUCACCCCUGCCGCCGUGGGUUUCUUGCUUGUCUUCACUACUCUGACCUGGUUCUUGUCCGCUCGUCAUUGGUUUAAGGGCCCAGUCUCCGAGAUUGCCCUCCAGGAGCUCGAUGGCAUCGUGCCCGCCAAUCUCGAUGAGAAGCGUGAGGCAGAUGAGGAAAUUAGGCAGUAAUAUCCUUUAUUAUUCUCACAUUUAAUCACCUUGUAAAGUAUCUCAACAUACCCUUUUUCAAAAAACUGUGCUCCAUAGUACCAUAUAUUCAACAUAUUGGCGCAGCAUUUUAUUAAUAUGAUAG